AUGGCUACUCUUGACGAUAAAAUAUUAGGAGAAAAACUUCAUAAUUACUGUAGCAGCAGCGAAGAUGAAGGUUCUGAUGAUGAAGAAAGAAGUGGUGAUGAGGAAGGAGGAGCGUCAUGUUUAAAAUCAUCGGCUAAGUCAGCAGAUCCACCUCCCAUUAACAAUUGGAAUGGGGCAGCAAGUAACACAGGGCCAAAAGGUGUUUUGGAAGAUUGGCGGAGAUACAAACAGCUAGAAGCUGAAAACAGGAAAGAAAUGGAGAAAGAGCGUAUAGCCCUUGCCAAAAAGUUAACGUUAUCUGUUAAAACCGACCGGGAAGAACAGCAGGCGAAAGAAAGGGAAGAAUUGGAAGACGAACUAAACGAACUCCUAGACGAAGAGUUUUUAAUGAAAUAUCACAAACAACGAAUGCAAGAGUUAAUGUCGCAGUUACAGAAAACACCCAAAUUUGGAAAUGUCAUAACAUUAAAUGAUCAAGAUGAAUUCUUGAAUGCUAUUGAUAAAGAAGAUGAAAAAGUGACAGUUAUUAUUCAUAUCUUUAAUUCAAAGGCAAGUGCUUGCACGGCGAUGGAUGGUUGUCUUAAUAUUCUAGCUGCAGAUUAUCCAACUAUAAAGUUUUGCCGUAUAGAAGCAGAUGUAGCUGGAUUAAGUAAAUAUUUCCGUGUUGAUGGAGUGCCAGCUUUGCUAGUGUACAAGGGUGGGCAAAUCAUUGGUAAUUUUGUCCAAUUGGCAACAGAACUUGGUAAUGACUUCUUUGCAGCCGAUGUUCAAAGAUUUCUUAUAGAAUAUGGAAUGCUCCCAGAAAAU